GACACUAAACUCCUAGAAUGACAGCUUCAACUCCCACUUCUCCUUCGCCAGUUUUGGCUCCCAGGUCGAACUCAUCUUCGCCAAGAAGGAACGAAGUUUCCGGAAAUGACCAUGUCGCUGCGCAAACCGAAAACAACCAGAUCGAAGUUGACGAUACGGCUAGUCUCAACGAGACAGUAUCAUCCAUUGACGAUCGGAUUUCGACUUACACAGCGUCUCUAUCAUCUAGUGUGGUGGACUAUCCUACCGAGAACGGUCGGCGUUACCACGCGUUUCGAGCGGGCACGUACCUUGGACCUAACGACGAAAGCGAGAUGGACAGACUAGACUUGAAUCACAUGUUGAUCAUGAAGACAAUUGGUCGAAAACUCUUUCUGGCCCCGAUUCCGCCUCAGAGUAUCCAUAGAAUACUUGACAUCGGCACCGGCACGGGAAUCUGGGCUAUCGAAGCAGCAGAUGUGUUUCAAAACGCAGAGAUUCUGGGAAUCGAUCUGAGUGCAAUCCAACCUUCAUGGGUGCCGCCCAAUGUGAAAUUUGAGAUUGACGACGUUGAGAGUCCUUGGGUCAACGAACACAAAUUCGACUUCAUCUUCUGUCGUUACAUGGCGGGCUCCAUCGCAGACUGGGAAAAGCUUAUUAAGAACACCUUUGACAACUUGGCGCCCGGAGGCUGGGUCGAAUUCCAGGACUACGACAUUUCCAUCGUCUCGGAUGACGGCACGUUGACCGAAAAGCACCACACUUCGAAGUGGAUGAGUCUGCUCAUCGAAGCAUGUGUCAGUGUUGGGCGUGAUCCUCGCCCUGGACCCAAUAUUGAAGGUUGGGUCAAAGACGUUGGGUUUGUCGAUGUGGUCCAUCAGAGAUUCAAGAUGCCUAUCGGGCCUUGGCCAAAGGACCCGCACCACAAGGAUGUCGGUAUGACGAACUUGAUCCAGCUUCUGGAUGGACUGGAAGGCUUCAGUCUGCGGGCCUUCUGCGGCAUACUUGGCUGGACGAAGGAGGAAGUCUUGGUGCUUCUUGCUCAAGUGCGCACUGAGCUGAAGUCUGGGAGUUUUCAUGCUCGUAGUGCAAUUCAUGUGGUCUACGCACAAAAGCCGGAGGAUAAAACGGAGGACUAA